AUGAACACACUGACGAGCUCAUGUGGCAUAAGCCCUUUGUCACAUAUCCUCCCAAACGAACCAUUGGAAGACCGGGCAGCCGCACCGCGCCGCACGCAACAAGCAAGAACAGCAGCAGCACCUAAAACCGAGCCCAAGAAAGAAAUCAUGAAAAACCAGACGAUUGUUAUCGAUACGCAGGAGACGGAAACCAUGGAAGUUGGGAGCGCCCUGCAUUGGGUCGAACUCAUACUGUGGUGCCUCUUCUGGAUCGCACGCCAUCUGGCGUAG